GAACGCGUCUCGACCCAACUUCGCGUCUCGCGGCGUGGACAUGCAGAGCCGCCCAAGUCUGCUCGCGACAGUGCCACUGCACACAGAACGCGCCAUGGGUCCAGACGAGCAAGCGCGCGACACGUUUGCGCAGGAGGACCACCAAGUCGCAUACGUUUUCGACCCCGACGAUGGCGAGACACAUCGGGAGCGCCCGUCCAAGCGGCGCAGAGUGUCCAAGCAGACCAAGAGGACAUCUGCGGCGAGCGAAGCGGAGCCGCUUUUUGUGCCGCUGCUGAACGGCAAGGAGAGCGCCGCGUGCGUACGCCUGCGCCAGAGACUGUACGAGGAGAGCUGGGCCAAAGUCGACGCCCGGCUGCAGGGGAUGCUGCGGGAGUCUAACCUGGCGACAUUGGAGCAGGUGACGGCGUUUGUGGCAGCGGCAGGGUCCGAGUGCGACGAUCAGAUACCAGCCGCCUUUAUCAUCACGGGACCGAACAUUGCUUCUCAAGACUUGCUGUUCGAGCAGCUUUCGGAAACUCUGCAGCUAGUGUCGGCGAGCAGGUUUGUGCGCCUGCGAUCUGCGGAGGCCGCCUCGCUCAAGGCCGCACUCAAGAGGACGAUUCGGGGUGCGGCGGCUAGCGCGGGGGGAGGAGACGACGACGAAGACAGCCUGCAAGUAGGGACGGGUCAGGAUGGACGCAAGUAUCUCGACUACGACCUGGAGGCACUGGAGGCGUCCAUCAGGGCGCAGCCAUGUGAGCACGUAUAUGUGGCUUUCCAAGACAGCGAGAGCUUCGACAGCGGCCUGAUUUCUGAUUUGAUCACGCUGUUUCACUCGUGGCGGCCUCGGAUUCCGUUCACGCUCCUCUUCGGCAUCGCCACAUCCGUCGAACUCCUCCAGGCACGCCUGCUCAAGUCGGCAUGCCGGCUCGUGUACGGCGCGCAGUUCGACUGCGUCCAGACGGAGGCGAUUCUCGAGACCCUGUUCAGGGGCGCCGUGGCGGCGUGCGAUGUGCCGCUGCGGCUGGGGGCGCCACUGCUCCGCGGCAUGCUCGAUCGACAGCACGACCAGAUAGCCGGCGUCCAGGCAUUCGUCAGCUCGCUCAAGUACGCGUACAUGUGUCAUUUUUACGCUAAUCCCUUGUCCAUUUCCACAUCGCUCGAGGCGCCGCAGGCGGACGCCGUUCAGCCCGAACACAUGGACGCGCUGCGGACCCUGCCGUCGUUCCGCAGUCAUGUGGAGCGGGCGGUGGAGCUUGGCGACGAGAGUUCGCUGCGGCACGCGAGAUCGCUGCUUGAGGACGAUGAGUAUCUGCUUGCCAGGCUUCAAGACAGCAACGAGGAUCGGCGACGCUGGGUAGAACGCCUCCUGCGUGCGCUGCUGGUCCGCGAGGCGGCAGGCGCGCAGCGCGGCGUCUUCUCGCGGGCGUACGUAAACGCCAUGGCAGAUGGCGUCGACACAUCAGAAGAGUCCGGGGUCGCGGAGAGCAUCCGGCGGAUGAGCGUCGAGGAGCUGUCGGUGCUGCUGAGACGCGCUUUGGGCCUCCUCACCGAAGGCGACCCGCGCUUGAACCUGGCACCGGCAUCAGACGACGCCGACCUGCGGCUGCAGACCGCCCUCAGAGCCCAUGCCGCGGAACUGGAGGCAUUGAGGGAGACUGCGCAGAGCCAAGGGUUCACGCUACGGAGCAAGUACAGUGGGCAAAGCAAGGUGAUGCGAACAACGGUCAUCGCACAGCGCGUGCAGCUAAGUCAGGACUCGGCGGCCCUGCGCGACGAGGACAAGCGCCUGACGGAGAUUGUCGACGAUGUGGCGCGGCUGGUGGCGACGCACUUUGGCGUGACGGGACCUGGCGACGUGCUCUUCUCCGAGGGCUGGACGUACGAAUCGAGGUCGCCAGCGCGUGAGGUGUUCGUGCCGCGGCCGCGGGCUGCGUUUGAGCGCAGCCUGGGCCGGCCGCACGACUACCUCGGGUGCUCGUGCUGCGCGCCGAGCGAGGGCGGGAUCCAGGCCACGCUGCCGGCGACGGCGGUUCUCUACCAGCUGUACCUGGAGACGGGCAGUCUGAUCAACGUGGCGGACUUGUGGGCGGCGUUUGACGCUCUCGUGAGCGGCGGCGACGGCGACGGCGACAACAGCAACAAGGUCGCAGCUGGGGCCGAUGAGGCCGGGCAUGACGCCGAGGCCACGGGCGAGCGCGAGCGGCUCGUCAUGUUCUAUCGGGGACUCGCCGAGCUGCGGGCUCUGGGCUACGUCAAGGCGAGCAAGAAGAAGCCAGACCAUGUCGCUAAAGUCAAGUGGCUAUAGAUAACAGGACCGAACCAUAUGAAACUCACUUUCAAUAUUCGCCAUGCAUGAUGCCGCGAGUUCCGUACACGCAGUCAGCAAGUACAGGGCAGUGUAGCAAGUAUAGCAAGUAUACAGCAGGGCAUACCCGGUCAUGUAGGUAUGUAUGUAGUGUGUAAGUUAGUAUAUUCGGCUUUGGGGGCCAAACAAUGAGUCAAGUCGGUAAGCAGAGCAGAGCCUCUCGCGUCUCUUCCCCCAUCCAUCUACUAGCC